CCGACGAUUGCGAUUGUUCUUCAUAAGCAGAAGGGCGAGGAUGAUACGAAGACGUGCGAUUUCGACAGCAUUGGAGGCAGCUAGCCAUGGUCGUAGAGCGCGAGUGGCCCGAUGUAUCAGGACGGCAUCGACGGCCGCGUCGUCGGACGGCGGACCUUCAUCCUCCGCUGCGGGCGCAGGUAGGACUGGCACGACAAACCCUGCUCCGGGGCCACCCAAGCCCAACAGCCCCUUUACAAUCUUUGACCGAGCCGCGAAGCAAGCCCAGCGCAGCCGAGCCGCCUCGCGCGGGGAGGCAUCACGCGUGACAGACUACGUGCGGGACGAAGCAGCUGCAAACUUGGUCGAGCGGCUGUACGACGUCAAACGCGACUUUGGCACCAUUGUCGAGCUGGGGAGUGGGGCGGGGUAUAUCCGAAAGCACCUCGAUGCAAAGCGGACGGGCACUAGCAAAAUCAUCAUGUGCGAUAUGAGCCAGGAGGCGUUGGACAGGGACUUGGACCAGGAUGAGAAAUACCCGGACCUCACAUUCGAGAGGAGAAUCAUCGAUGAAGAGAGCCUACCGUUUCCCGAAAACAGCAUCGACUGCAUCGUCUCCUCCGGUACACUGCACUGGACAAACGACUUGCCCGGCGCCCUUGUCCAGAUCUGUCGGAGCCUGAAGCCGGACGGCAUCUUCAUUGGCGCAAUCUGCGGUGGCGACACCCUCUUUGAGCUGCGCACCUCGCUGCAGCUGGCUGAGCAGGAGCGAGAAGGAGGCAUCUCGCCCCGUAUCAGCCCGAUGGCCGACUCUAGAGACAUGGUGUCGUUGCUCGGUCGGGCAGGCUUCAAUAUCCCUACCGUCGACACCGACGAGAUCGAAGUCGUCUACCCGGGCAUGUAUGAGCUCAUGGCCGAUCUGAGGGACAUGGGCGAGAGCAACGCAGUCAUCAACCGACGGCCCUUUCUCAAGCGAGACACGCUCGUUGCCGCCAGCGCAAUCUAUCCAGCGCUCCACGGUAACGCCGACGGAAGCGUGCCAGCGACAUUCAGCGUCAUCUACAUGGUCGGCUGGAAGCCAGACACGUCACAGCGCAAGCCAUUGGAGCGAGGCACUGCGACAAAGAGCAUGAAGGAGGUUCUUGGAGGUGACUAGCAUCGCCAAUUGUAGCAGAUUGUCAGAAAAAAUCAAAUCACAUUGAACCUGAG